AUGAGUGAACAAAACAGCGUGCAUAACAUAAUAAAAUUGACAAAUGAGCUUUUCGACAGCUCUGAUUCGCCAGUAACAGAUUCAGAAAACGAGCAUGAGGAUGCUAAUGAGAAGCUUUCACCGGUUAGGAAAGUUGGCGAUCGGACUUUUGAUAUUGACGACUCAGAUGUAAAAGAGAUGAAUGAAAACGUGAUUCGUGAACUUUUUAUUCGCAAGGUUAAAAAUGGGUUGGAAGCAGAUGAGCAUAUAUUGCCAAUAUAUGAAAAUUCAAGCGAGGAGAGUGAUGAUCCGGAUUAUGUUCCAGGAGAAAGUGAUGAGGAUGAUGAUUAUAAUGAUGAUAACGAGAAAGACUUUGAGUAUAUCGAUUCAGAUGGGAGCCAUAAUAUGACAUUCGAGGCGUAUCAUCAGGAAAAAAACCGAAUGGAUAGUGAUCCACGAACGGAGUCAGAAGAAAUUGAGGAUCAACUAAGCAUCGAACCUCCAGCAUCUGCGAAAAAAGCAUUUCUUCUGUAUUUGUUGAAAUGCAUGCCGCUUAUUCUUGUUGUGAUCUCGCUUUUUCUUAUAUCCAACAUAUCGAGUCUUCUUCCGUCGGCAACCGUUUUGAAUGAGGGUUCUGGGUUUGUUCAUCAUAAACUAUAUAUGCUCGAUAAGCAGUUACAGGGCUUACAGGAAAGACAAUUAAGUAUGGAGUCUACUCUUAACAAGAGGUACGCACAAAUAGAGAAGCAGAUUCUGCAAGCAGCAUCUGCGUCAAAUUCCCCCCUUGUUUUAUCUAAUGAGACCAUCCCUACUGCAGAUAUAGCAUCUCUCAGGAGUAACAUCAGUUCUAUGAACUCAAGAUUAGACACAUUGAAAACAAUGAUUACUGACACAAAACGUCUUGCCAGCCUGCAGAAGGAUACAAACAUUGAACAGCAACUGGAUAAGCUUGCCUCAGAGAUUAAAGCCGAAGUUUUAAGAACUCUGAAGGCCGCAAAAGUUGCCGAGUCCAACAUCCCAAAAAAAGUCCAGGUGAAACCUUUUAAAAAGCAGCAUUUCCAAACUUACUUCGAGGCAGAUGUACCAACCAAUGUUAUUCCUACUGCAAGGAUAGUUGCACGUCUAACAACACUGCCAAGAGUUCAGAGGCUCAGGACAAACGCUGUUGAUCGAAUAUUGCAUGGAUUUAGUGAUUUUGCUCGUCGAAAGAUAUGGAAGACUUAUCAGCAAAAGUCCUUGACGGGAAUCCAGGACAUUAACCUAAUUGGUGAGCAAAAUAGCCCCAAUAAUGCUUUAACGGAAGAUCCAGACAAGUUUUGGCAAGCGUUGUCUUCGAGUAUGCCGAUAAUGUUUACGAUGUCGUUGAGAGACCCUAUUUAUCUAUUUGAAGUUGGGAUCAGCCAUCCCAGAUACAGGUAUCUAAUUCACAGUGCUCCAAGGCUUGUUGAGCUUCUUGUGGGUCCCGAGAUUGUUGAUGGUGCACAUGUUGGUGCUUUGAGGAAGAAAGCAUCACAAUGCUACAAUCAGGAUUUUCUUUCCUCGACUUUAAGAAAGCAGUUUGUCAAGGUUGGGGAGAUGGAGUACGAUGUGCGGAAAAGUGACCAAUACCAGAAGAUAGAUAUACCAAAACAGCUGAAGCAGGAAUUGUCACAGUGGAAAAUUCGGGAGGUGAUGCUUGUGGUAAGUUCUAACUGGGGUGACGAAAAUAUUACAGCGCUUGACACCAUCCGGGUGUUUGGCACUAAUAGGCAAGCUCCAGAAAGAGAUGGAGCAAGUGAAGAGAUACCAAACUUGGGGGAAGACACCCCAGUACUGUAA